AUCGUGAGGAAACCUGGACUUAUAAUUUCUAAUUAUAAGUUUGUAAUCGCCAACCCGCAUUGAGCAAGCGUGGUGAUUAAUGCUCUAACCUUCUCCGUUUGAGAAGAGGCCUUUGCUCAGCAGUGGGCACUUAUAGGCUGAUGAUGAUACAACUGGCGAAACCAAAGAUAUGUGAGUAUUUUCUGAAUAAUAAACAAAAAAACCUAUUAUUUAUUAUGGAUAUUAUAAAUUCUACCUUCUAUGAAACAGUUUCAGACAUCCUUAAUUAAAUCUUAUCUAAUAAGGGCUGAUUUUUCAAUGGUUAGAUAAAAGUUAUCUGGGUA